CAGCCAAUGACACGCAUCCUCAUAGGGAAAGUUUUUCCGGGUGUCUCGUGUGGUCGCAAGCAUGGCUCCAGGUGGGAAGAUAAACAGACCCAAAACAGAUCUGGGGAAGAAACUGUUCAAGAGACGCAGAGCUCUGACAAGAGAUAAACGGAAGAAACACAGGAUCAUUGGAGCCGUCGUGGACAAAGAAAUCACUACUAAACAUCAUCUCAGAAAGAGAAGUUCCAGUGCCAGAGCCAACAUUACCCUGUCUGGCAAGAAGAAGCGCAAGCUACUGAAGCAGCUGGCUCAUAUGGAUAAAGAGAAAUCCGACAUGGAUGUGGUGUUUGUGACCCAGAAGAAGACUCCUGCUCCUGCGAAACCUGCUGCUGCUACCACCAAGGCUAAAAAGAGGAGGACGAAGAAGCCAAAGCAGAAGAAUGCUGCUGGGGCAGAGGACGUAGAAAUGAUGGACUUGUAGUGCAACUGGCUGAUUGCAAGGAGCUGAAAUGGACAAAAAUCGAAGACGUCCAACGUGAAAUUGUCCUUCAGUGCUAACGGAUACUUUUGCUUACUGUAACUGUGAAAAACAUGAUUUUCAUUUUUUUUGAAAAGUGAAUGCAUGAAAGCCAAGCCAAAAAAAAUAUUAAUUUUUUUUUUUUUUUUGCAUUUACAGUAUGCAAAAGUAUCUAUUACACUGAAGGACAAUUUCAUGUUGGACGUCUUUGACCCAAAUAUGCAUAAUUUCAAACUGACUUGUGCGUGGCAUAGCAGGAGUUCCGUGUCCUCUACAAGUGACUUUCAGCAUCCGCUGACGUGAUGGAAUGGAUUGUUGUGGUGGGCACAGACCACCACUGAGUUAUGAAGCUCCAAAUCUGUCAAUCUUUACAAGGUUUCAAAUGCAGGUUUCUGUUGGACUUGUUGGAGCAGCCUUGAAAAUGAAAAGAAAACAAAAAAGAUGCAGAGCAUGUCAAC